AUGCCGCCCGCCGCGCCCGCCCGCCUGGCGCUCGCGCUGGGCCUGGGCUUGGGCCUGUGGCUCGGGGCGCUGGCGGGGGGCCUCGGACGCGGCUGCGGGCCCUGCGCGCCCCCCUGCCUGUGCGGCCCGGCGCCCGGCGCCGCCUGCCGCGCCAACUGCUCGGGCCGAGGGCUGCGAUCGCUCGGGCCCGCGCUGCGCAUCCCCGCCGACGCCACCGCGCUAGACGUCUCCCACAACCUACUCUCGGAGCUGGACGCGGGGCUGCUGGCCAACCUCUCUGCGCUGACUGAGCUGGACAUCAGCCACAACAAGAUUUCUACACUAGAAGAAGGGAUAUUUGCUAAUUUAUUUAACUUAAGUGAAAUAUACCUGGGCGGGAACCCGCUGGAGUGCGACUGUGCAUUGGCCUGGUUGCCACGCUGGCUGUCGGAGCGGAACAUCCGCCUGGUGGGACCCGAGGCGGCCACGUGCGGAGGGCCAGGUCCCCUGGCUGGCCAACCCCUCCUGGGAGUCCCGUGGCUGGACCACGCCUGUGGUGAGGAGUUCGUGGCCUGCCUCUGGGACAACAGCUCUGAUGCCUUGGUUCUGGCCGCCUUUUCUGCUGCCCCUGAGGAGCCUGCGGUGCCUGAGACCUGCGGCGCCAUGUGCUUUGCUGCUGGCCAGCGCCUGGCUGCCUUCUCAGAGCAGGGCCAGUGCCUGUGCGGGGCGGCUUGGCCCCAGAAUGCCUCCUCGGCUUGUCUGGACUUGUGCUCUGGACCCCUGAGCCCUGGGCCUCCCUGUGGGGGUCCAACCCUCCUCCAGCACCCCUUCCCCGCUUCCCCUGGGGCUUCCCUGGUGGGGCCUCCCAGACCCCUGGCCUCUGGCCAGCUAGCAGACUUCCACGUCACGGCCUUGCUCCCUGUCAGCACCACUCGCUGGCACUUCGGGGAUGGCACCCCCGAGGUGGGCACGGUGGGGCCGGCCAUCUCUCAUCGCUACAUGCUACCCGGGCGCUAUCAGGUGACAGUGCUGCUGGCCCUGGGGGCUGGCACGACACAACUGGCUGCCGAGGUGCAGGUGUAUGCAGCCCCCAGUGCCCUAGAGCUGGAGUGUGCACCCUCUGUGCACAGCGGGGAACCCCUUGAGCUGCAGGUUCGGAACCGUGGCGGCUCGGGUCUUGAGGUCACCUACAACAUCCUGGCUGUGAGCGAGGAGCCAGCACGAGUGGUGCACCCGCUCUGCCCCCCGGACACCAUCAUCUUCCCUGGCAACGGGCACUGUUACCGCCUUGUGGCCACUAAGGCUGCGUGGUGGGAGGCCCAGGACCUCUGCCACGCCUGGGCUGGCGCUGCCCUGGCCACCGUGGACAGCGAUGCUGUGCAGCACUUCCUCAUCUCCCAGGUCACCAGGAGCCUGGAUGUAUGGAUUGGCUUCUCAGCUGUGGGCGGGACGGAGCCAGGGCCGGGUGACCGUCCCUUUAGCCUGGAGAGCUGCCAGAACUGGUUGCCAGGGGAGCCGCAUCCUGCCUCUGCUGAGCGCUGUGUGCGCCUGGGGCCUGCUGGCCAGUGCAACACAGACCUGUGCUCAGUCCCACACAGCUAUGUGUGCGAGCUGCGGCCUGCAGGCCCUGUGCAGGACGCCGAGAACCUCCUCAUGGGAGCACCUAGCGGGGAGCUGCAGGGACCCCUGAGCCCACUGGCCCAGCAAGAGGCCCUGUCAGCCCCCCAGGAGCUCGUUGAGGUGAUGCUGUUUCCUUGCCUUGGCCUGGGUCUGCACCCUGGAACCUUUCUCACUGCGGCAGAGCUGGGCACCCAGGAGCUCGGCCGGCCUGUCCAGCUGCGGCUGCAGGUGUAUCGGUCCAUGGGAGCAGCAGGUACCCCGGGAAAUAGCAGUGAACCCACCAGCAGCCCCCCAGACAAUGGGACUCAACUGGGUCCUAUGUGUGCGCCCAGGGGAGGGCAGUGUUCUGAUGCCUACAUUGCGCAGAUCUGUGCUAAUGGGUCACUGCUAGAGCUGGGCUUCCUGGGGACCACCUUUGUGCUGUGGACAGAGCUGCUUCUCUCUGUGCCUGCGGGGUCCCCUGCCCAAUACACGGUGGCUUUCCGGAGCCAGGACGGCCCCCUGCUCCCUGGUGAUCUCCUGGUCUUGCAGCAUGAUGCAGGCCCAGGCUCCUUCCUGCUCUGCCCCCCAGCAGCUGGCCCGCUGGGCACCCAGACAUCUUAUUUUUCUACCAACUCCUCAUCCUGGCUCAUCCACCUGCCCACCCAGUUGGAGAUGGCCCCAGCCAGGCCAGCCUGUGCCCUGCGGCUGCUUGCAGCCACCGAGCAGCUGACCCCACUGCUGGGCACCAGCCCCAACCCUGGAUUCCCACGUCCUGGGCGCUAUGAGGUCCGGGCCACCGUGGGCAAUGGCGUGUGGACAAACAACCUGACCUGCAGUUUCGAUGUGGUGUCUCCAGUGGCCGGGCUGCGGGUGCUCCAUCCCAUUCCCCAGGACGGCCGCCUCUAUGUCCCCACCAACAGUUCAACCUUGGUGCUGCAGGUCAAUGCGAGCACCAAUGCCACUGCCACGGUGCGUUGGUCUGGGGGCAAUGCGAGUGCGCCCUUCCAGGCCCAGUGCCCAUCCGCAGAUGUCGCCCUUGUGUCUGGCUGUGCCCCUGAGGCGGGCUCCACCCUGUUCUCUGUGUUGGCGUUGCCUGGACUCAGCGUGGGCGAGCAUGUCCUGGAGGUGCUGGUGGAGAGCAGUGCAGGCAGAGAGACCCAGAGUCUGAGUGUGUGGGUGGAGGAGCCCGUGCAGGGGCUGCACGCCACGCCCAACCCCGAGGCCAGGGUGCUGCAGGGUGUGCUGGUGAGGUACAGCCCUGUGGUGGAGGCCGGCUCCAACGUGACCUUCCGCUGGACCAUCGACGACAAGCAGUCCCUGACCUUCCAUAAUGUGGUCUUCAAUGUCAUCUACCAGAGUGCAGCCAUCUUCAAGCUCUCGCUGACAGCCUCCAACCACGUGAGCAAUGUCACCGUCCACUACAAUGUCACCGUGGAGCGAAUGCACAGGAUGCAGGACUUACAGAUGUGGGCGGAGCCGACUGUGCUGCCCCCCAACACCUCACUGGCCCUGGGGGCUCGAGUGCUGGUGGACUUGGCGGUGGAGGUGACCUUCGUGUGGACCUUUGGAGAUGGGGAGCAGGUGAUCAACCAGUUUAAGCCUCCGUACAAUGAGUCGUGCCACGUGCCGGACCCCACAGUGGCCCAGGUGCUGCUAGAACACAACAUCUCACACUCUUACGCUGCCCCAGGUGAGUACAACCUCACACUGUUGGUAAGCAACGACUACGAGAAUCUGACCCGACAGCUGCCCGUAAGUGUGCGUGCCACCCUGAGUGCCAUGGCUGUGACCGUGGGCAGCCCCGUUCUGGUGGCUGGCCGGCCCGCUACCUUCUCCGCACGCCCACUGCCUUUGUCUGAGGGCAUCCUGUACAGGUGGGACUUCGGGGAUGGUUCCCCUGCUGUGACACAGCUGCAGCCGGAUGCCAACCACAUAUUCGCCGCCAAUGGCACGUACCGCGUACACCUGGAGGUCAGCAACGGGAUCGGCCGUGAGGUGGCCUGGGCUGACGUCCGGGUCUAUGAGGAGCUGCGCGGCCUGCAUGUGCUCGCAAGCCCAGCCGUGGAGCAGGGAGCGCCCAUGCAGGUCAGCGCCAGCCUGGAGUCGGGAGAUGCCAUCAUGUGGACCUUCGACAUGGGGGAUGGCACGGUGCUAUCAGGUCCCCAGGCCGUGGUGGAGCACACAUACCAGCGGGCGCAGAACUGCGUGCUGACCGUGGUCGCCGCCAGCCCUGCAGGCCGCCUCUCUCAUAGCCUGCCUGUGCGCGUUUUCGUGCUAGAGGUGCUGCGCAUCGAGCCUGCGGCCUGCAUUCCCAUGCAGCCCAGUGCCCGGCUCACGGCCUACGUCACGGGGGACCCUGCCCAUUACAUCUUUGACUGGACCUUCGGCGAUGGCUCAUCCAACAGCACUGUGAGGGGGGACCCAUCAGUCACCCACAACUUCACGCACAGUGGCACCUUCCCACUGACGCUGGUGUUAUCCAGCCACGUGAACAAAGCUCACUACUUCACCCGCAUGUGUGUGGAGCCUGAGCUGGCCAACGUCACCCUGUGGCCCAACAGGCAAUUUGUGCGACUUGGGGACGAGGCCCACCUGGAGGCCCGCGCCUGGCCCCCUUUCCCUUACCAUUUCACCUGGGACUUUGGCACCCCUGACACCUCCAGCCGUGUGGGAAGCUCCGAAGCCACAUUUGCCUACCUGGCGCCCGGCUCCUACCUGGUGAUGGUCACCGUGGCCAACAACGUGUCGUCAGCCAAUGGCUCGGCGCUCGUGGAGGUGCAGGAGCCGGUGCAACUCACGGGUAUUCAGGUCAAUGGCUCCAGCAUGCUGGAGCUGCAGCGCCCCUACCUCCUGUCGGUUGUGGGCCAGGGGCACCCCGCCAACUAUCUGUGGCAGCUGGGGGAUGGUGGGCAGCUCGAGGGCCCCACUGUGGUCCAUGCCUACAACAGCACAGGCUGCUUCACCAUCACCGUGGCUGGCUGGAAUGCGGUGAGCCGGGCAGAGGCCAUGCUCAAUGUCACGGUGCAGGCACGUGUGCGGGGCCUCCAUGUCAGCGCCAGCCGCACAGUGGUGCCCCUGAACGGCAGCGUCAGUUUCAGCACCACCCUAGAGGCAGGCAGCAACCUGCGCUACUCGUGGGUACUUUGUGACCGCUGCACACCCAUCCCUAGUGGCCCCACCAUCUCCUACACCUUCCGCUCCGUGGGCACCUUCAAUGUCAUUGUCACGGCCGAGAACGACGUGGGCGCCGCCCAGGACAGCAUCUUUAUCUCUGUGCUGCAGCCCAUCGAGGGCCUGCAGGUCACAGGUGGCCGGGACAUUGUGCCCACGAACCACACGCUGCAGCUGCUUGCCACUGUGGCAGAGGGCACCAACAUCUCCUACAGCUGGACGGCCCAGCGCCCCGGGGGCCCUACCCUGGCUGGUAGUGGCAAGACCUUCUCGCUCACUGUGCUGGAGCCCGGCACCUACCACGUGCAACUGCGCGCCACCAACCUGCUGGGCAGCGUCUCCACCAACUGCACUGUGGACUUCAUAGAGCCUGUGGGCCAGCUGGUGGUAUCAGCCUCCCCCAACCCAGCUGCCCUUAACCAGAGCGUCGCCCUGGCUGCCAGGCUUGCCGGGGGCAGCCGCGUCCUUUACACCUGGGGCCUGGAGGGCGGGCUGAGUUGGGAGACCGAGGACCCGGCUACCACGUGUGCCUUUUCCACUCCGGGCCUGCACUGGGUCAUGGUCACGGCCCACAACCGGCUGGGCUCCACAAAUGCCACUGUGCUGGUGUCAGUGCAGGUACCCGUGGGCGGGCUCAAACUCAGGGCCAGUGAGCCGAAUGACAGCUUUGUGGCUUCUGGCUCUACCGUGUCCUUCUGGGGGCAGCUGACCUCGGGCACCAAUGUGAGCUGGUCCUGGGCUGUGCCGAGUGGCAGCAAGUACGGCCAACAGGUCUCUGUGCUCUUCCCUGAGGCCGGGACUGUCUCUGUUCACCUCAACGUCUCGAACGCGGUCAGCUGGGCCUCAGCCACUUACAGUCUCACAGUACAGGAUCCUGUGGUGGGCCUGGUGCUGUGGGCCAGCCGCAAAGUAGUUGAGCCCGGGCAGCUGGUCCACUUCCAGGCCUUGCUGGCCACUGGCUCUGCCGUCAGCUUCCGCCUGCAGAUUAGUGGGUCCAGCCCCGAGGAACUGCCUGGGCCCCACUUUGUGCAUACUUUCUCCCUUGUCGGGGACUAUGUGGUGAGCGUGCAGGCAGAGAACCAGGUGAGCCGGAUUCAGGCACAGGUGAGAAUCUCUGUGCUGGACGCUGUGGCCGGCCUGCAGGUGCCCAACUGCUGUGAAGCAAGCAUGGCCACGGGCACCGAGAGGAACUUCACUGCCCGCGUGCAGAAGGGCUCCCAGGUGGCCUACGCCUGGUACUUUUUGCUGCAGAAGGUCCAGGGGGACUCACUGGUGAUCCUGUCGGGCCGUGAGGUCACCUACACCCCCAUGGCCGCCGGGCUGCUUGAAAUCCAGGUUCGGGCCUUCAACGACUUGGGUGGUGUGAAUCUCACGCUGCGUCUGGAGGUGCAAGAUAUCAUCCAGCAUGUGGCCCUGCGUAGCAGCCGCUGCUUCACCAACCGCUCGGCCCGCUUCGAAGCCAACACCAGUCCUAGCUCACGGCACGUGGCCUACCACUGGGACUUCGGGGACGGGGCGCCGGAGCAGGAUACGGAGGUGCCAUGGGCCGAGCACGCCUACCUCCAGCCCGGGGACUACCGCAUGCAGGUGAACGCUUCCAACCUGGUGAGCUUUUUUGUGGCGCAGGUCACGGUCACAGUCUACGUGCUGGCCUGCCCGGAGCCCGAGGUGGACGUGACCCUGCCGGCGCAGGUGCUCAUGAGGCGCUCCCAACGCAACUACCUGGAGGCCCGCGUGGACCUGCGUGGCUGUGUCACCUACCAGACAGAGUACCACUGGCAGGUCUUCCGCGCCGCCCACUGCCAGCGGCCCCCGCAAGCGGCCCCGGUGGCCCUGCGUGGCGUGGACACCAACCGGCCACAACUGGUAUUGCCACGACUAGCGCUGCCCGUGGGCCACUACUGCUUUGUGUUUGUGGUAUCAUUUGGGGAUACACCCCUGGCACGGAGCAUCCAGGCCAAUGUGACGGUCGUGGCUGAGCGCCUGGUGCCCAUCGUUGAAGGCGGCUCUUACCGGGUCUGGUCUGACACCCAUGAUCUGCUGCUGGAUGGGAGCAAGUCCUAUGACCCAAACCUGGAGGACGGGGACCAGACGCCCCUAAGCUUCCACUGGGCCUGCGUGGCCUCAACACAGAGUGGUGGUGGAGGUGGCUGUGCCCUGAGCUUCGGGCCACGUGGGAGCAGUGUGGUUCGGGUGCCCCGGGAACGACUACGGGCCGGGGUGGAGUACACCUUCAACCUGACAGUGUGGAAGGCGGGCCGCAAGGAGGAGGCCACCACGCAGACAGUGCUGAUCCAGAGCGGCCAGGUGCCCAUCGUGUCCCUGGAGUGUGUGUCCUGCAAGGCUCAGGCUGUGUACGCGGUUAGCCACAGCUCCUACGUCUACCUAGAGGGUCGCUGUGACAGCUGCAGCGGGGGCCCAAAGCAAGGGCGCUGGGCCGCCCGCACCUUCAGCAACAAGACACUGGUUCUGGACUCCAGGAGUACAUCCACGGGCAGCUCAGAGCUACGGCUGGUGGUGCGGCGCGGCGUGCUGCGGGACGGCGAGGGCUACAUCUUCACGCUCACUGUGCUGGACCAAGACGGAGAGGCCGAGGGCUAUGCCUCCAUCCGCCUGGCUGCCAACCGCCCCCCACGCGGGGGUUCCUGUCGCCUGUUUCCACUAGAGAAAUUGCAAGGCCUCACCACCAAGGUGAACUUCGAGUGCUCAGGCUGGCAGGAUGCAGAGGACCCCAGUGCUCCCCUGGUAUACGCUCUGCUGUUGCGACGCUGCCGUGAGGGCCACUGUGAGGAGUUCUGCAUCUACAAGGGCAGCCUCGCCACCUAUGGGGCCGUGCUGCCGCCUGGCUUCGCACCCCGCUUCCUGGUAGACCUGGCUGUGGUGGUGCAGGACCAACUUGGUGCCGCUGUAGUUGCCCUUAACAGGUCUCUGGUGAUUAUCCUGCCGGAACCUCCUGAUGAGACCCUGGGCCUGACCCCCUGGCUGCACAAUUUGACAGGCAGCACGCUGCCUGGGCUGCUCAAACAGGCAGAUCCCCAGCACGUCAUCGAGUUCUCGCUGGCCCUCAUCACCGUGCUUAAUGAGUAUGAGGAGAGCCUGACUUUGGCAACGGAGCCUGAGCACCAGUGGCAGCUCCGGGCCCAGAUACGUGGUAAUAUCACCGAGGCGCUGGUGUCUUUACGGGUGGACACUGUGGACGACACCCAGCAGAUCGCCGCUGCCUUGGCCCAGUGCACGGUGUCUGGUCACCAUCUUGUGUGCCGCUCAUGCCUGAAGCGGACACUGCAGAAGCUGGAGGCCAUGAUGAGUGUCCUGCAGGCUGAGACGGCCGCGGGCACAGGUACGCCCAUUGCCAUCGCUGACAGCAUUCUCAACAUCACAGGCGACCUCAUCCAUCUGGCCAGCACAGAUAUGCAGGCCCCACAACCCCCAGAGCUGGGGGCUGAGCUACUCACGCCAUCACUGAUGGUGGCAUCCCAGGCGUACCGCCUUUCCUCGGCACUCAUGGGCAUUCUCAUGCGCUCCCGGGUAGUCAACGAGGAGCCGCUGACCCUGGCAGGCACAGAGAUCGUGGCCCAGGGCAAGCGCUCAGACACACAGAGCCUGCUGUGCUGCGGUGCCUCGCCAGAGCCCGGUUGCCACUUCUCCAUCCCCACGGCCUUCAGCGGGGCCCUGGCCAACCUCAGCGAUGUGGUGCAGCUCAUCCUGCUCGUCGACUCCAACCCCUUCCCCUUCGGCUUCAUUGGCAACUAUACCGUCUCCACCAAGGUGGCGUCCAUGGCCUUCCAGACACAGGCUGGCACCCACAUCCCCAUUGGGCAUCUGGCCUCGGAGCGUGCCAUCGUGGUGAAGGUGCCCAGCACCUCAGACCAAGCUGCCCUCGACCAGCACAGCUCUGCCACCUCUGCCAUCGUGCCGCCCGGGACCUCGGUCAGUGCCAUGGUUGUCCCAGAGAGCAGCAACCCUGAGGCCGGGCUGCACCUGCGUCUCACCUACGAGCUCUUGAAUGAGCACCAGCUGCCUGAGGAACCAGAACCCUACCUGGCCGCGUACCUUCACUCGGUGCCUGGGCCCAAUGAGCACAACUGCUCGGCUCACAGGAGAAUCAGCCCUGGGGCGCUCCGGGGCGAGGACCACCGGCCUUACACCUUCUUCAUGGCCCCUGGGACCAGAGUCCCAGGCGAGCGCUACUACCUGAAUUUGACCAGCCACUUCCGCCAUACGGAGCUUCGGGUGUCGCUGAGCUUGUACAUGUCCCUGUGCCAGUACUUCAGCGAAGAGAAGAUGAUGUGGAGCACCGAUGGGCUCGUGCCCUUGGAGGAAACGUCCCCCAGCCAGGCUGUCUGCCUCACUCGCCACCUCACGGCCUUCGGUGCCAGCCUGCUUGUGCCCCCGAGCCGCGUGCACUUCACCCUCCCUGAGCCUGCCCCGGCCACCAGUUAUGUGGUCCUGCUGACCUGCGCCGUGUGCCUGGCCACCUAUGCCAUCAUGGCCGCCAUCCUGCGCCGGCUAGACCAGCUGGACGUCCGCCGAGUUCGUGUCACCCCUUUCUGCGGGCAAGGGGGACGCUUCAAAUAUGAGAUUCUAGUGAAGACUGGCUGGGGCCGGGGCUCAGGGACCACGGCGCACGUGGGCAUCAUGCUGUAUGGGGCUGACAGCCGCAGUGGGCACCGCCAUUUGGAUGGGUACCAGGCUUUCCACCGCAACAGCCUGGACAUCUUCCAGAUCGCCACCCCCCAGAGCCUCGGCAGCCUGUGGAAGAUCCGCGUGUGGCAUGACAACAAAGGUCUCAGCCCCGCCUGGUUCCUGCAGCACAUCAUCGUCAGGGACCUGCAGAGUGCCCGCAGCACCUUCUUUCUGGUCAACGACUGGCUCACGGUGGAUGCUGAGGCCAACGGGGGCCUGGUGGAGAAGGAGGUGCUGGCAGCAAGUGACGCUGCCCUGCGCCACUUCCGCCGCCUGCUGGUGGCCGAGCUACAGCGCGGCCUCUGUGACAAGCACAUCUGGCUUUCGAUGUGGGACCGGCCAGCCCGCAGCCGCUUCACGCGUGUGCAGAGAGCCACCUGCUGCGUCCUCCUGAUCUGCCUCUUCCUGGGCGCCAACGCCCUGUGGUACGGGGCCGUGGGCGAUACUGCCUACGGUGCACGGCCUGUGUCCAGCCUGACCCCACUUGGCCCAGAGACCGUGGCUGUGGGCCUGCUGUCCAGCGUGGUUGUCUACCCAGCCUACCUACUCAUCCUCUUCCUCUUCCGGAUGUCCCGAAGCAAGGUUACGGGGGUCCCACGCCUCCUCCCUGCAGGUCAGCAGGCCCUGGAUGUGGACAGCUACCUGGACUCAUCUGUGCUGGACACCUCCUUCCUCUCGUUCCCGGGACUCCAAACUGAGGCCUUUGCUACACAGGCAAGAAGCCACUUUUUUCUGGAUGAUUCUGAGAGUGCGGUGUGCUGGCCAGACCUGCUCAGAGGCUCAUCCACCGCAAGCAGCAGCCUGCAGCAGCCGGGCUCAGGCCCUCCUAACACUGAGAGCCUGGCCCUGACUGGUCCUCCAGCCCCUGCCAAGUACUUCUCAGCCUCAGAUGAAGACUCGUGCUGGCAGAAUCUGGCACCCCCUCAGGAUGCCCCCCAAGAUUCAGCCCUGCUCCCCAGUCUGUGCUGCAUGCCUGGGGUUCCAAUGGAGCCUGAGGAGCUUCCGCAAACUGGCCCGGCCUUGGCCCAGUGCCCGCACUCCCAAUCAGGGCUGGCCGAGGGUCUGCGGAAGCGCCUGCUGCCUGCCUGGUGUGCACCUCUAGCCCACGGGCUCAGCUUGCUCCUGGUAGCCGUGGCCGUGGCUGUGUCUGGUUGGUUGGGUGCCGGCUUCCCGCCACACGUGAACCUCAUGUGGCUGAUGUCCAGCAGCUGCAGCUUCUUGGCCUCCUUCCUGGGCUGGGAGCCUCUCAAGGUCCUGCUGGAAGCUCUGUACUUCUCCCUGGUGGCCAAGCGGCUGCACCCUGAUGAGGACGACACGCUGGUGGAGUGCCCGGCUGUGACGCCUGUGAAUGAGCGGGUGCCUCGCGUGCGGCCCCCACAUGGCUUCGCGCUCUUCCUGGCGAAGGAGGAGGCCCGGAAGGUGAAGAGGCUGCACCGGAUGCUUCGGAGCCUCCUGGUAUACAUGCUCUUCCUGCUGGUGGCACUGCUCGCCAACUAUGGGGAUGCCGCAAGCCACGGGCAUGCCUUCCGUCUGCAGAACGCCAUCAAACAGGAGCUGGACAGCCACACCUUUCUGGCCAUUACCCGGUCCCAGGACUUCUGGCCCUGGAUGUCCCAGGUACUGCUUCCCUUUGUGCACAGCAACCAGAGCAGCCCAGAGCUAGGGCCCCCGCGCCUGCGGCAGGUGCGGCUGCAGGAAGCAAUCUGUCCACAGCCCCCUGGCAUGGAGUUAGGUUCCUGCUCGGCAGCCAGCAGUGGCUUCAGCACUCAGGAUUAUGGCCUUGGCUGGGGCACCGCUGCCCCCAAUAGUUCUGAGACCUGGGCCUACUCCCCACCCGAUUUGCUGGGAGUGUGGUACUGGGGCCACUGCGCCGUGUAUGACAGUGGCGGCUACAUACAGGAGCUGGGCCUCAGCCUGCAGGAGAGCCUCGCCCGCUUGCACUUCUUGCAGCUCCACAACUGGAUCGACAACAGGAGCCGGGCUGUGUUCGUGGAGCUCACACGCUACAGCCCGGCUGUGGGGCUACAUGCCGCCGUCACUCUGCGCCUCGAGUUCCCGGCAUCUGGACGUGCCGUGACUGCUCUCAGCGUCAGCCCGUUUGCCCUUCGGCGCCUGAGCUCAGGCCUGUCCCUGCCUCUGCUCACCUCAGUGAUCCUGCUGCUGUUUGCGCUCUACUUCUCCGUGACCGAGGUGCGCGCCUGGCGCCGGGAAGGACGCACACGCUGGGCCAGGCCGGUGGCCUGGGCACGGUGGCUGUUGGUGGCGCUGACGGCCACCACAGCGCUUGUGCGCUUGGCCCAGCUGGGCGCAGCGGACUUCCAGUGGACCCGCUUCGUGCGCCUGCGUCCCCGCCGCUUCACCAGCUUUGACCAAGUGGCACAGCUGAGCGCCUCAGCCCGUGGCCUGGCCGCCUCGCUGCUCUUCCUCAUUCUGGUCAAGGCGGCCCAGCAGCUGCGCUUUGUACGCCAGUGGUCGGUGUUUGGAAAGACGCUGUGCCACGCGCUGCCAGAGCUGGCAGGGGUGGCCCUUGGCCUGGUGGUACUGGCCGCAGCCUACACGCAGCUGUCUGUCCUGCUGGUCUCCUCCUGCGUGGACUCGCUGCGGAGCACAGCCCUGGCUCUCUUGGUGCUGUGCCCCGGGAUUGGGGUGCCUGCCCAGCUGUGCCCUACCGAACCCUGGCGCCUGUGUCCUCUGCUCUGCACAGGGCUCUGGGCACUGAGGUUGUGGGGGGCCCUGCGUCUGGGCACGGUGCUGCUGCGAUGGCGCUACCGUGCUUUGCGUGGAGACCUCUACCGCCCUGCCUGGGAGCCUCAGGACUACGAAAUGGUGGAGCUCUUCCUGAGGAGGCUGCGCCUCUGGAUGGGUUUCAGCAAGGUCAAGGAGUUCCGCCACAGAGUCCGCUUCGAGGGGGUGGAGCCGCUGCCCUCCUGCUCCUCCAGAGGUUCCAAGCUGCCCCAGGAUGAGCCCUUGCCCAGCAGGGGAUCAGGGGGCUCAGACACCUCGCGCCCCUCCACCGCCUCCAGCCAGCUGGACGGACUGAGUCUGGGCCGACCGGGACCCCGGGUGGAACCCGAGCCCUCCUGUCUCCAGGCUGUGUUUGAGGCCCUGCUGGCCCAGUUCGACCGACUCAACCAAGCCACAGAGGACGUGUAUCAGUUGGAGCAGCAGCUGCAGGGCCUGCAGGGCCGCAGGGGCACAGCCUCGCUGCCCCCAGGCCUGCGGCCCACCCUGCCCAGCCGCCCAACCCCAGGCCCCAGCAAAGCCUCCUUCUGGACCAAGAACAAGGUCCACCCCAGCAGCACUUAGGCCCUUCUGGGCGGGCCCCACCACUCAGUAUUAGCUUCUGCUGCCUCAGAGCCGCUGCACAUGGCCCGAGCGCGUCUCUGGGCUUCAGCACUUUAGGCCCAGGCCCCCAUCCCGGCAGUAUUGCACUCAGGGCCCAGCCUCUGAGACGCUAAUUUAUUUCCUGAGUCCUCAGGUUCAGUGGGCUGUGCCCCUCCUCCUCCUGGGCAGACCCCUCCUCGCUAAGGAUCCAAACCCCUGGGAGGGACCCUGCACCCCUCCCCCCUAAAUUAUUACCUCCUGUGCCCCUGCUGAGUACCUGCAACUCCAGCUCUGUCCGUGUGUCUGUGUGUAAUUUAUACGGGGUAAAGGUGUGUAUUUUUGUGCAUCCUCCAUUUCUCAAGGGGCCCGGAGGCCUGGUGGCUGCUGCAGCCCUUGUGUCAGGGGGUGUCCCUGGGCCCCUGGGAGGCACAGCAGUGACCCCUGCUGGUGUCAGGCCAUGCCAGAUGGGGCAGUGCCCUGCAGUGCAGCAAUAGCCCCGCCCCUCUGACGAAGUCAAUAAAGGACUUGGCUGAGA